AGUAGUUUUUCUUCUAUUUUUCAUUGAACUGCAAAUGGCAAGACGGAGAUUGCAAGCGGCUGUUGCUCUUGGCAAAGAAAUAGAUCUAUCCAACUGGGCGGCAACUCCUCAUUGUGAGGAUGAAGUUAAUUUUUCAAAGAUCGAAAAUGUGAAGAGCCAUGCGCUACCUCUCCUCGACAAAUGGGGAAUCUACAGUCUACAAUACAGCCAUGACGGAAAAUCACUGGCAGUUGGAUUUGGAAACGGAGGGGUUCUGAGCAUCGAUAACGAAACAGGACAUCUACGAGAGCUAAGCCUCGGCCACCAACGAGACGGGCUUGCGAUUAUGGCUCUCUAUCACCACCCUAACAAAGAAAACAUGCUUUUAUCCGCUGGAGCUUCCGGGAACAUCCAUCUUUGGGAUUUAGCCAGUGCUGGCUCGUAUGAACCGGUUGAAACCGUCGUCGAGGACAAUGAAAUUAACGCUCUUGAUUUCAGUCUCGAUGGUUUUGUGUUUGGCACAGUCGGAAGAGAUAGGAAAAUCCGAAUUUAUGACGGAAAGACUUUACAUCUGCUGAAAGAGCUGGAAGGACCUGAGUAUUCUACAACUGAUGAUACAAGUGUCUAUAGCGGACACACCAAGAGGAUCUUUGCCUUGAAAUUUCACCCUGAAGACAACAAUCUCUUCAUCACAGCAGGAUGGGACAAUUGCCUGAAGGUUUGGGACAAACGAAUGGCAAAGAAUUGCAAGAAAUACAUCACUGGUCCUCACAUAUGUGGACCUGCUUUGGAUAUCUGGAAUGAUCAAGUUCUAACUGGGUCUUGGAGAGCUAAAGACGCAUUGCAACUUUGGGAUUUGCGUUGGGAAACAUCGUUGAUUAAAGAUAUUCCGUAUCCACACGAUGAACAUCAUGAAGGUGAAUUCCUUUACUGUUGCCAGUUCGCGUCAGGUGACACCAUCAUUGCUGGAGGGAGCGGAACUAAUAAUGCUUGCGCUAUGUCAAUCAAGUCUUGCGAGGUCCUUGGUACAAUACAGUCACCCAAGCCUAUCAUGGCAUUGGAUAUCCAUCAGAGUGGAGGUCAGUUUGCAGUCGCUGGAAUUGAUGGACAUUUGCAUAUUGGACAACUAGCAUAGGAAGUGGGAUAUAACAUUGGGUGCACAUAUCUGGAUAGUUUGGUUUUCUGAGUUUUUUUUGUCAUGGUUGGUGGUCUAUAUUGGGCCAUCUAGCAGUGAUUAGUAUUGUCUGUGCGUACAUGUCUGAGUAUUUGUUGUAAUGCAUUAGGAUGUUUUUGCUAUUAAUUUACAAUUUCCACCAAUUUAUAAAUUUGUUAUUUUUUUCCAUCCCAAUUUAUCUACUGCUUGACCAUUCUGUCAUGCUUUUUGAAAAGCACCUACUGGUGCCAAUGUAAAUUGCUUGGUUGCAAUCAUCAAUUUUGAGCCUCAUGUUAGUCCUUUCAUUCUGGUAGUAAUCAUAUAUAUUUAAGCCUUGCUCUCUUGGUUCUGUUUGUCAAAUACUUGGGAACACUGUUAUAUGACAUCUUGGAACACUGUUAGUAUAUCACCAUAGUAUCCUUAUACUCAAGCAUUGUCUUUUUCUGUAAUUUGUAGGAACACUUUAUAUGACAUCUUGGAUCAUUGUUGUUAGUUAUUAAGAAUUCAACCAUAGUAUUCAUAUGCUUGAGCAUCUUUCUUUACUAAAAUUCACAGGAACACUGUUUCAUGACAUCUUGGAGCCCUUUCAUCAGAUAUUUUACUACCUCCGUGUCCAUUACUGUUCAAUUUAUGGGAACAUUGUGGUAAAGUGUUAUUAGGCUUGUCCGUAUAUUUUAGCAUUGCUAUCCUGUUUUAUUCAUUUACUUACCAUCGCUAGUGUUCCUCCUAUCUGUAAAUCCGUUCCAAAAUUAUUCAAAAAAUUGCAAAAUUUACUACAUUACCUUGAAAUUCUAGAUUUUACCUCAAAUUCUUCAAAACUGUAAUUUCUUUUUAAAAAUCGUUUCCAGUGAAUAUUUUAAGUAUAUUUUUGUAUUUGUAAAGUGUUACUGUGUUCUAUAUUUGCUGUGCAUAUUAUAUAUAAUUCUAAAUUGUUGUCCACUGAAAAUACUGUUGCAAAAAAAUAUUGUGUAGUUUAGGUAUCAAGUUAAGGCACCAACUGUAUCUGUAUGCCUUCUGUGAGAAGCCUUUUCCCUGCUUAAGGUCAAGCAAAAACUGUUAUGUAGUGAGCCACAAUAUAAUUGUAUAACUCUGACCACUGAAAAUUCUGCAAAAAUGAGGUGAAUUUCAACGGAAGUUUCUUUUUACUUUUAAUAUAUUUUGUAUUUGUAAAGUGUUACUGUGGUUAUAGAUUUGCUGUGUAUAUUAUUAGUUUGAUAAUUCCAUAUCUCUGUCUGUGACCAUUACGUCCACUGAAAAAUCUGUUGCAAAAACUCAUUGUGUAGUUUUAGAAUCGAAUUGAGUUAGGUUCACUUAGUGGGAUAUUCAGAAACUAACAUGCAGGGGCAUCUAUAAUAUAAUCGUACAUCUCUGUCUAACGAAAUAAAAAUAAUUUGCAAAAUAUCGAGAAGGAAACAGUAGUAUUAGUCAUUUUGUGAUUUAGGCCACAAUGCCGCCAUCGGUGUUAUAUAUGCGCUUCCAAGAUAUGUUUUCUCUCUGAAUAAGACAAAAGGUAAUCUCCAACUAAUAUUUAGGGACCUAUAAAAUAAUUGUGCAACUCUAGACACUGAGAAUUCUCCUGCAAAAAUCAUUGUGAUAUUGGAUUUGCAAUACUCAAAUACAUUUUACACCCACUGUAUACUGAGAUUUUUUGUAAUAUAUAUAUUAGGUAUAUGUGUUAGCCCUGUGCUUUUGUUAUGUAUUAUGUGACACCAUUAUGCCACUUUUCAGUUAGUUUUUCCAACCCAUCCCAAUCAAAAUCUGAAAAAUUCCAUUUGAUACAAAAACUUGCCAGAAAUUUGAAAAAAAAAGAAUCUUCCUAGUUUUCAUUUAUAUUUGUCCUUAGUGCCUUAUGGUGUUUUAGUUGUAGAAGUUUGUAGAUUUAUAUUAUUUUGUACUUAAUACAUGUUUCUGAG